AUGUCGAAGUUAGACAGAGUAAACCAAAUAUAUCUUGGUGAAAUUUCCAAUAAGAAGGAGGUUUCUAUUUCUUCCACGAGAGAAGCAGUCUAUGAGAAUCGGUUAAAGAAAGAUAUUGAAAGGACGAAAGAGUACAUCAAACAGGCAAACAGGGCCAUUGUGUCCUUCAGAGAUGUAGAGGUAUCAGCAUCGCAAGACCAUAGAAGGAGGAUUAUUGCUCUCUAUGAAGCAUACAAAAAGAUACCGUAUAAUUCUAGUAAAGAUGAAUCUAUAGGUUUAGCGACAGCUUCUCAAAGCAUAGAGCGAUUGGUACAACAGCAUGCACAGGCGACUGACGAUCUAAACAGUCUGAACAGACAAUCGGAGAUAGAAAAGAUAAAGAUGGCUAUGAGUGAUUACAGACGGCUCUCGGAAAUUAUUGAUGAUGUUGUUGAAGAGAAAAUGAAACGAUUGCAAGUGAUAGAAGCUAGAAUAGAAGAGAUGAAUGUAGAUAUUGAAAGUGAGAACGGGAUCCUGAAAUUCAACCAGAAAUCAAAAGGCACCUUAACUACGAUACAGCUGGAUAUACAAGCUACAGAACGGUUGCUUGCUCUACAUUUGAAGAGAAUCAUUACUAAGUUUUUGGCAGUACAGGAUCUGGAAUUCCUGAACCUACUGGAUGCUACAAUUGUGAAAACGACUGUACAACAAUGUCAGAAUAUGUUGAUACGAUUACUCAAAUCGGAUAGUAGCACAUGGGUUCAGGUACACCCCAAUAAUUUCACAAGCGGUCUUAUUAAGACUUUGGUCAUGAAUGACAUAAUACUUAUAAGAGACGAUUCAGAGUUUGACCUACAGUACUUGAAGCUACGCGACUACGGGAGGUAG